AUGGGCAAUAAUCAACAACAACAACAACAAGAUGAUAUAUUCAACAAAGUGAUAGAAUCAAAUAAAUGGUUAUCAGAAAACUCAAAAUAUGUAAAGAUCAAUAAUGAAGAGAUUGAUAACUUUAUUAAAACUUUAUCAAAAGAACAAUAUAACAAGCAUUCAUCAUUGGUAACAUUUCCAUUAAACUUUUCAUCGAUUCAACAAGAAGUAUGCUUUUGGUUUAUAUUGGAUUUGAUCAAUAUUGGUAGUGGAUUUAGAAAAGAGUUGCAUGAGGUAUCGGAUAGAGGUGCCUAUGAGACUAUUUGCUAUGGAUUGCUUGUGUCAACCGAAGUACAACAACCAGAUCUGCCGGGUAUCUACACGUAUCGUGACUCUGUCGUCAAACCAUUGAUUGUCAACAUUCACAAAAUCUUAAAAGAGUCGGCAGAGAUUAUCUAUCGAUUGGGUCACUCUGACUUUGGUGCCUACGUACUAUCAUUGUACAAUGUCUAUGAUGCAGAACAAGGCCCAUUGGCAUCUACAUUGGUACAAGCACUUGUAGAUACAUUCCCAGCUUUCAAAGAUGAAGCUAAAUAUACCGACGGCGAAACAACAAAGACAAUCUACUUGGAAAAGAAGGCACAAUUGUUGGCAGCUGAUUUGUAUCGUCGUUUCAAAGAUACUGAUGCACGUUUUAAUUUCAUUGAUGUAGAUCGUAUGUCUAUCUUUACCGAUAAUGUCGUACCUGCCGUACUCAGAAAACUCAAUAUCCUCCAAGUCACCGACGAUACCUUGGUCCAACAAAUCAACCAAGGCAGAGAGUUACCCGCCCAAUCACCCCAAGAAGUAGAACUCCGUGGUCUUGCCAUCUAUGCAUCCCGUCUCAUUGUACAACGCGCAGCACAAAUCUUUUCAUCAACACCAGAAGAAAACUUUAUUGGCAACGAUGUUAAAUUGGAUUAUUAUCUUUGGAGUGUUGGUAAACAACCAGAAUAUAGAUCUUUUGAAAGACAUUCAACAAAACAAACUUUAUUUUAUUAA